CCCACAUCGCUGCACGUGGAUCCUCCUCAACAUUUAAGACACCUGCUCUCUCCCUCUCCGCUGCAAGUCGAGCUUUGGCGACUCUCUCACAACCGUCACCUCUCUUCGCCGUUCGCCAUGUCUGCCACCACGCUCGGUCACCAGGGCGUUUUGGCCGUCGAGAGAAAGGAAUAUGAGACUGCCAUUGCGCAGCUCGACAAAGCCCUCGAGUCAUCCACCUCUCCCGCCUGGCUCCUCGCGCGCGCCACAGCCCACCAGCAGCUCAAGCACUACGAUGCGGCUCUCCGAGACGCCGAACUCGCAUAUCAUGUGGCCGCCGAGCGGGGCUCCGGGAACUCUCGCAGGCAAAUGAUCGACGCCCAAUAUCGCCGUUCGGUCAUAUACUUCCGGCUCGGACGCUAUGCCGACUCCGAUUGCUGCGCCAGGUGGAGCAUGCGUUUGGCGGAAGGCUGCCCGGUAGGCGAGGAUGAUGGCAUUCAGGACAAGGUUGACGAGCGAGGAAACUACACCGUUACCUAUGAGGACGGGGUUGCAGAUUGCAAGGGCCAGCCGGGUCAGACAUCACGCGACUCAACUGGCGAGAAGGUUUAUGGGCUGUUGGGCUCCGGCUCCGGCUCUGAGGGGACUCCCAAGACCGGAUUUGAGAAAGAGUGGAAGCGGGCGUACAGUUGGCGAAGCAUGGCACUUGGAAGCCUGGGGAGACUGCCCGAAGAUGAUCCCGGCCGGAAGGUCAGCGUCACCAAGGUUCCACCCCGGCCCCAAGCGAAAACCGACAAAAAGCCCGAUCCCGAACCUACAGUGGAAGAUGACGAGCUUGAAGAAAAGCCGACCGAACCCGAGGGCCCUGCUCCGGGCAGUGUGCCCGACGAAAAGCUUAAGCUUCGCGCAGAUUUUUACCAGAGUGCCCAGAAUGUCACAAUCUCUCUGUUCGUGAAGGACGCGAAGAAGGAGAACCUGGACGUCAAGUUCUCCAGGAACCAGGUCCAAAUUUCACCCCUCGCCCGAGCAGCUGCACCCUACGUCAAACCCGGUGACCGAGAGGCCACGUCCACGUUCAUUCUCGACGGAGAGAUUGAUCCCUCGAAGAGCCGUUGGUCCGUCACGCCGCGGAAGAUCGAACUCGUCCUCCAGAAGGCUGCUCCUGGCGUCAAGUGGGGCACUUGGGGCAGAGAAGAGAUUGGUGCUCUACCUUCAACGGAUUCCAACGACGCCAAGCUGGCCACCACGACCCCAGCGCCAAGCCAGGCAGCUUCGGCCUCCUCUGCACCCGUGACCAGAGCGCCGGCCACCGCGGGCGCCAGCCCGGCUUACCCCACCAGCAGCCGGUCCGGCCCCAAGAACUGGGACAAGCUGGGCGAAGAGGAAGCGGGCGAUGACGAGGACAAGUCCGACGUGAACAGCUUCUUCAAGCAGCUCUACAAGGGCGCAACGCCGGACCAGCAGCGCGCCAUGAUGAAGAGCUUCAUCGAGAGCAACGGGACGGCGCUGAGCACCGACUGGGAGGAUGUUAAGAACCGCAAGGUCGAGACAGUGCCGCCCGAGGGCGUCGAGGUGAAGAAGUGGGAGUAGCUGAUGAAGAGGAGUCUGCUGCCUUUUCAAGGAGAAGGCUUGUUUGGUGGAGGACCUCGUCUCCGCUAGUUGUUUCCGCUAGCUGGUCGACUUCGCAGAGUUCUCUUUUUCGUGGCUUUCAUCAUGACAUGGUUGGGUCGCAUUGCUUCUUCUGCCGUUGGAGUUGGAUUGCUGGUAAAAGGGGCUGGGCACGGAUACCUCCACGGC